AUAAUUCCUCCUGCUGUUGAUGAUUAUACAACAGAAACCGUGCCCAUUUUAAACAAAACUGAAGUGACUCAAGUGGAAAAGUGCAACACGUGCCCUAAAACGAGGAAGUUGAAUAAAAUUUUAAAUAAAAAAUAUAUGCAGUUAACAGCUGAAAAUGCAGUUUUAAAAGCGGAAAACCUCCGUUUAAAAGAAGAAAUGCAUAUUCUAAAGAACGAGAAGGAGAGUCAAAUUUUAAAACAAUUAGAAAAUGUGAGGGAAGACUUGAAAAAAAAGAAGAAAAAGACAUCUGCGCGGAAUAGUGACUCAAAUACGGUUACUUGUGCUGGAGUCCAAAUUUGUAAAGACGCUUUUAAUGAAGCCUUGGAUGCGAAAACUAUCAGUGCCAGAGUUCGCAAAAUUGCCUCUGGCUACUGGCCUCCUAAAAAAAUUCAAUUUGUUGGCAACAAAAAGCCAUUGGGGGUAUCCAAGAAAAAUUGGAUUAAAAUCCAAUACAAAGAUUACGACAAUAUCAGACAUAUGUAUUGAACACUUUGUUUUUUUUAAAAGCUCCACUGCGUAAAUAUGCAGUCAC